AUGGAUUAACUCAAACUCAAACCCUGUAACUGCCUGACCGCACAUCCACUGACAGAGUGGGUGGCUGGGGGCUGGAGAGUGGGGCCCGACGAUCUAUGCAGUCUAAGGACCUCCCACUUUCUAAAAGGUUGUCCGAAAGGGUUGGCCUCGCACCCAAAACCUAUUGAAGGCUCGUGGAGCAAACGGUUUUGGUAUUUCUUUUUGUUUCCCGCCUGCAUCCUUUGGCCAAGACACAGACACUUUCCCCGUCCCUAGACGGUCCCACAAUGGAAAAUACAAUUUUCGCAAUCUUUGCUUAUCUUUUCAUCUCUCUGUGGCUGCCUCCCUCGUUGCACGAUUCGUUGUUGCUGUUGUUGGCCAACCAGAAAAUCGGUAAAAAGCUAA